UACAGUAGUGUAUUAUUUUGGAUAAUUUCGUUGAUCAAGGUGCAAAGUAACAGAAUCAUACUCUUUUCGUAAACUAUCCUGUAUCUGUAAACAUGGGGAGGCAAUUUUCGUGGACAUACAGAAUGGAACAUCCAACAGAGUUCCCCUAUGUUUGCGACCUUUGUAAGCCUGCUAAUAGAAGAUUUAAAAAACUACUGAGCAAAGAAAGCCACGAUAAGAUGACAAGUCGACAUGGUCGUGUUUCUGUUCAAAGACAAAUACAAAGGUCCAAGAUCAACAAAACUAUUGAUUUGCUUUUACCGGAUGAAAAUUAUAGACAUGAGCGCAACGCUGUAAUCAAACGUAUUGGAAAUAUUUUAAAGAAUAAUGUACCUCUUAAAUACCAACCAGCAGAAGUAAUCACGGCUGGAUCUACUGGAAAGGGAACUGCACUUAAAGGAUCUUCAGAUGUAGAUAUUGUAUUCGAUUUGCCGGCACGAACUUACAACACCGUUAGUAGAAUGCUGGUCGACCACACACAGAUUUUGGAUGACAUUAAGGGUACUCUAAUAGCAUCAGGGUACACGGUUACAGGAAGAUCUGCCAAGGCAUUGCAGUUGAGAGUAACCUGUAACGAGCCAGGUUCUGGGAGAACUCACUACAUCGAUGUUGAUAUAUUACCUGCUGCAAAUCUGGAAAAAUAUACACGUCCGGAAAUAUUCCAGCAAAUGAGAGAUUGUCCUGUAGCUGAACGAAAGUUUUUCACACCAUCGCUAACAAAAACUCAACGAGGUUUUGUUAAAAGUGAAACACCUGCCCAGCUGAAGCGUUUAAUUCAGUAUGUUAAACAUUGGAAAACCUCAAUGAUAAAAGUUAAGAGUCCACCUUCAUCUUAUUCUUUCGAAUUGCUUGCCAUUUAUUUAUGGCAGCAGGAUGGUAAACCACAAACCUUUAAGAUUGAAAACGGACUGCGUCGAGUUAUGGAAAAAUUAGCAGAUUAUCAAUCUAUCAAAGUAGAAUUUUUCGAGUACUAUAAUCAUAACAUGCACCAGAGACACAUUGGACCCCACAUUAUAGAUCCUGUGAAUCCAUUCUCUAAUGUUCUUGACGUUUCUAAUUCUGAUUGGAGUGCGGUAGCACUAAACGCCAGGAACUAUCUUCAACAGGCAGAUAUGAGAAAUGCUACCAGUCGAUUCUGCGACUUAUAAGGAAAGUUAUAGCCAUUAACUGCAGUUUCUUUAAUAAUAUUUUGGAUUCAUUUUAGACAUCACUAAAGACAAUGAUGGUGUAAUCAAUAAAUAUUGGGGGCAUAUUAAGACGUGGUCACCUUUAAAAAUUUGUUGUAUUCUUUGUACUUUGAUUAUUUGAAUUGAUAUUUUUAUGAUUGU